UAUAAGCCAAAGUAUACUUAAGUAUAAUUUUGUUACGUUUAUCUCUGACAAGUGCAUAAAAAGUAAUCGGAAAGCUCUUGUUUUAAGUAUACUAAUAAUAGCAUACUUGAAUAAACUUGUAAGGGUAUUGUAAUAUUACAGUGAUAUAUUUCUUAUAAUACAGGACACACCCAGAGAGAGUUCUUCCCUUGUUAAUGACCAUAACAACAACCUCAUCUCAGUAGGCCAGUAGAGAUAAUCACAUUUUCAUCAGGCUGGGUUGAGCCCGCCCCUGAUAGAUGCAAGGGGCGCUCCAUGUGACGCUGCUGGGGCUGUAACAAAAAUCCAGUAUGGCGGAAUCUGUCAGGAGAUGAAUUUUCUUGUCCCCCCCCAAAAAAAACCUAAAACAUGGGAGAGGAAUAAAAGGAAGGAGACACAUGUUGGGGACGACUGGCUUCCUGUUGGCGCGUGUAUAGGUUGGUACCGGUGCUAGACAGCGAGCUGCCGCUCUGAUUGGAGUAGCCAAAUCAAAAAGCCUCAUGGGGAUUGGCUGCUGCUGCUGGGAGUUUGCUUCCUGUUUCCAGCCUUGAGGGAUUCUUGACGGACCGUCCUGAGUGUUGGAUCAGCCUGAAUACACACAUUCAAACACACUCCUGGACAUCCACCAUUUUUGGCCUCCUGAUUGUCAUCCUGUAAAUCACACACAAAUACACAUCUGUUCUGCAAAUACACACCCCUGCCGUACUGUGUGGACGCCCACCUGACCGACCUGUCAGCGAUGACAUCACACAGCCACCAAGAGGGGAUCCUGGGAAAGGAGCAGCCGCUGGAGGUUCUGAAGACAUCGGCGCUCAACCACAUCCCAACAGUGGACAUCAACUCGGCGCUGCCCCUGCGUCUCCCUCCAGCCGCUAUCCCCAUGGACCUGCGCGUGGACCAUCAUCACCAGCAGCAGCAGCAGCAGCAGCAGCAGGUGUCCUCGCUCUCCCCGCCCGGCCAGCAGUCGUCCGGCGGCGGCGUGGUGGGGUCGUCGUUGCGCGAGCAGCAGCUGCAGCAGGAGCUGCUGACCCUGAAGCAGAAGCAGCAGAUCCAGCGGCAGAUCCUCAUCGCCGAGUUCCAGCGGCAGCACGAGCAGCUGUCCCGCCAGCACGAGGCCCAGCUCCAGGAGCACAUUAAGGAUAAACCAAGCCACAGUCGGGUCUGUUCCUUCAGGCCUGAGGUCGGCAGAUUUCUACAUUUAAGGCCCCUAACAGAUGCUCUUCUCUCUCUUUUCUGGAGCGACGAGGAACAGCAACAGGAGCUGCUGGCAUUGAAGCACCAGCAGGAGCUGCUGGAGCACCAGAGGAAGAUGGAGAACCACCGUCUGGAGCAGGAGCUGGAGAAGCAGCAGAGGGAGCAGAAACUGCUGCUGCUCAAGAACAAGGAGAGGGGGCAAGAGAGUGCGGUGGCGAGUACUGAGGUGAAGAUGCGGCUCCAGGAGUUUGUCCUAAACAAGAAGAAGGCCCUGGCCCAGCGGAGCCUCAACCAAGGAGGCCUCCAUAACGACGCUCCCUACUGGUACCGAAAAACCCAGCACAGCUCUCUGGACCAGAGCUCGCCUCCACAGACCGGUGUGUCCGCCUACAACCACCCUGUGCUGGGCGUCUACAACCCCCGGGAUGACUUCCCACUGCGAAAGACUGCCUCGGAGCCCAACCUGAAGCUGCGCUCCAGGCUGAAGCAGAAGGUGAGCGAGCGGAGGAGCAGCCCGCUGCUGCGGCGCCGAGACAGCCCCAUCACCACCGCCAAGAAGCGCUCGCUCGACAUGGCAGACUCUGCGUGUAGCAGCGCCCCCGGCUCAGGCCCGAGCUCCCCGAAUAACAGCUCCAACAACAUCCCCAAUGAGAACGGCAUCACUGUGUCACUCUCCAACAACUCAGAGGCGUGUCUGGCCCAGAGGCUGUGCAGCGGUGCCGAGCUGUCCCUCUACACGUCACCAUCCCUACCCAACAUCACCCUGGGGCUGCCCGCCACUGCCACGGCCACGGCUGCUUCCAACGUGACCUCAGCCCAGCAGGAUGGAGGUCUGCAGCCGGCCCUCUCCCUCAGCCCUCCCUUCCUCUCCGGCGGCCACUUGACCCCCUACCUGGCUGAAUCCGGAGCGGGAACAGGCGGGCACGGCGCACACAGUCCACUGCUUCAACACAUGGUGCUCAUGGAGCAGAGCCCAGCACAGAGCCCCCUGGUGACAGGUGUGAGCGGCCUGUCCAUGUCGCCGGCCGCGUCCAUGGCCAAGCUGCAGCGGCAGCACCGGCCCCUUGGUCGGACCCAGUCGGCCCCUCUGCCCCAAGGGAGCGCCGCGCAGGCCCACGCCCAGGCCCUGGCCCUACAGCAGCUGGUGGUCCAGCAGCAGCACCAGCAGUUCCUGGAGAAGCACAAGCAGCAGUUUCAGCAGCAGCAGCUCCACCUCAACAAGAUGAUGACCAAGCCCAGCGAGUCACCGGUGGGCCGCCAGCACCAGAGCCACCCGGAGGAGACGGAGGAGGAGCUGAGGGAGCACCAGGACGGGGGAGCUCUGCUGCCGGGGAUCACCAUCAAGCAGGAGCCCCCCGACCCGCAGGAGCUGCAGGAGGAGGCGCUGCAGCAGCACCGGGAAAGGCAGGUGGAGCAGGAGCUGCUCUUCAGACAGCAGCAGGCCCUGUUGUUGGAGCAGCAGCGGAUUCAUCAGCUGAGGAACUACCAGGCGUCCAUGGAGGCUGCCGGCCUGUCCAUCUCCUUCCCAGGACACCGCCCCCUGUCCAGGGCCCAGUCGUCUCCGGCCUCGGCCUCCUCCUUCCCAAUCAGCGUCCCGGCCCCCGAUCCUCCCGUCAAACCUCGCUUCACCACAGGCCUAGUGUACGACUCGCUCAUGCAGAAGCACCAGUGUAUGUGCGGAAACACCAACAGUCACCCGGAGCACGCCGGCCGGAUCCAGAGCAUCUGGUCCCGACUGCAGGAGACCGGACUCCGAUCGCAGUGUGAGUGUAUCCGUGGGAGGAAGGCCACUCUGGAAGAGCUGCAGACGGUUCACUCUGAAGCCCACGUCCUGCUGUAUGGAACCAACCCUCUCCGACAGAAACUUGAUUGUAAGCUCACACACACACACACACACAGCACUUAUAUCCAGUUAACUGUCCCUAAUUUAAUGUUUAUUUCCUGUUCAUCAGGUUCAAUCACUCCCAUGUUCGUGCGGCUACCGUGUGGAGGGGUGGGGGUGGACAGUGACACCAUCUGGAACGAGGUCCACUCCUCCAGCGCGGCGCGGCUCGCCGUCGGCUCCGUGGUGGAGCUCGUUUUCAAAGUGGCUACUGGAGAGCUGAAGAACGGUUUCGCUGUGGUCCGCCCUCCCGGACACCACGCAGAGGAAAGCACUCCCAUGGGUUUCUGCUACUUCAACUCGGUGGCCAUCGCAGUCAAACUGCUGCAGCAGAGACUCAACGUCAACAAGAUCCUCAUCGUGGACUGGGACGUUCACCAUGGCAACGGCACCCAGCAGGCCUUCUACGAUGACCCCAAUGUCCUCUACCUGUCUAUUCAUCGCUAUGACGACGGCAACUUCUUUCCUGGAAGUGGAGCACCUGACGAGGUGGGCAGCGGGCCUGGAGUCGGGUUCAACGUCAACGUCGCCUUCACUGGAGGCCUCGAUCCACCAAUGGGAGAUGUAGAGUACCUGGCUGCCUUCAGGUCUGUGGUGAUGCCCAUAGCCAACGAGUUCGCCCCGGACAUCGUGCUGGUCUCCUCUGGCUUCGACGCCGUAGAGGGACACCCGCCGCCACUGGGCGGUUACACACUGACCUCCAAAUGUUUUGGCUAUCUGACCAAGCAGCUGAUGACCCUCGCCGGAGGCCGCGUGGUGCUGGCUCUGGAGGGGGGUCACGACCUCACCGCCAUCUGCGACGCCUCCGAAGCCUGCGUGGCCGCCCUGCUAGGCCAGGAGCUGGACCCGCUGCCGAAGGCCGUCCUCGAGCAGAGGCCCAACGCCAACGCUGUUCGCUCCCUGGAGAAAGUUUUAGAGACUCACAGUAAGUACUGGCGCUCGGUGCAUCGCUACUCGCCGUGCCUGGGGCUUUCCCUGCUGGAGGCCAAACGAGGAGACUCGGAGGAGGCUGAGGCCGUCAGCGCCAUGGCCUCUCUGUCUGUGGCCAACACCAACGCCAUGGACCAAAGGCCGGAGGAGGAGCCCAUGGAAGAGGAGGAACCACUGUAACGGAGGGAAACACGAGGGUGUCACACUGUUACCAUUGACCUCUCCGGAGAAGAGUCUCGACUGAUCCCUUCAUUUAGCCCCCCUAACCCCACUCACCACGUCAGUCACCUUGAUUGGCGGCCCCUCGGCCGAAACGAGGGAGAGGGGGUGGGCUCAGCCUCAGAGUAGGGGAGCCAAUCAGGAGACGAGAGGACUGAAUUGGAAAAAAAAUUAAACAUAACGGCGCCGCCUGGCGGCACUCGCUCAGAGACACUCAUUUUUUUCUGUCAGUCUUCGCACCCCCGCGUUAGCCCACGGCGGCUAACCGAGUGACCAAGCAGUGGGGGUGGGGUGUAUUUGGAGUCGGGGGCGAGAUCAGGUCUUGCCGUAGAAAGGUGCGAUGAACUGCAGAAAACAUCCGGUGCUUUACACAGCUGCCCUCCGACACAAGGACACCAGGGACAGCAGACCAUCUCGGCUGUCAAACACAGCUCGGGACUUUCUUUUCUCUUUUCUCAACUAUUUUUCCCGACAAAAACAAAAGGGCAUCGCGGCAAACUGAGAUAAUAUUUUACAAGAUGCGUUCACUGUGGACUUUGGUUGGCCGAAGUUUGAGUAGGCUUUUUCGCAAAGAUUUGAUGACGAGACUGUCGCCUCGCCUGUCGUUGAAGGUUGACGAGUGAGAGGAGUGCCUUGGUGAGGGUCCGCUGGAUUUCAGGAUUGUUCAGGAAAAGAUUGCCUUAAGUUAAAAAAAGAUUUUCCUCGCCGAGGAAUCGGCGCGCGGAGAGGAGACCCGGCCCUCUCGGAGGGGGGGGGGGGAAAGAAUGACAAAAAGAAAGCAAAACAAUCUUUCAGCAUGUUUACUUGGAACGUGACGAAGACAACAUUUCUGUCUCUCACAGCCUCUCUUGAAGAGUUCCUUUACUUUUGGAUGGAUCUAUUUUUCUGUAAAAACAAAAAGGAAAAAGCGCUUUGUAAAAGGUAGUUGCCAGCUUCAGUAGAGAAACGGUGCAAACGUGGAGACCUUCAAACACGGAAAUUAGAUUGAAACAAGGUUCAGCCUUUGAUGUAGCUUCCCUUUAACUGAAGUCAUUGCUUUGUACACACAUGAAGCAUGCAUCCGAGCAGAGAGUUUUUUGCAAGAUUUUUUGAAUGUUAUCCAAAAGAGAAAGCCAAGCAAGAAAAGCCAAAGCAUGAGUUUGCAUAUACAGUUGUACUUUCACUCCACUUAGCUGGCAAGUCAACAAACAUUUCUCGUAUUGGCCCUUUCAGAUAAGGCUCCCAGUAACCAGUUCAAUGUUUACUAAUUUAAUCUUCACACACGAGCGUUUCUUUACGUGUGCCGAUCGGCCGCCCAUGCUUUGCCGGUUGGCAACUACCUUGGUUGCUACUAGUGUGAGCUAGUCAUGUAUAUUGAAUUGAAUAUAUUUUGAGAGGCAGUAAUCGAGUAUUGCCUGUUUGUAUCUACAUGUAUGAUUUCCACCAUCAAGUUGUCAAUUUACAAUAUCAAAAACUGUGUUUGGUAAGCGUGUCCACUUUUUAUUUUUUAUCGUAUAAGAUUAUUUUUCUAACUUUUUUCAUCCAUAGAUUUGUGUUUUUAUCCGUUUUCUGGAUAGUUAUAGGGCUGCCAUUCACAUACUUAGUACUACUCUUCAAAAACUUCCUUUCUUUCUUGUAUUUAUCAAAAAUAAGGACUUUCUUUCUUUCUUUCUUUCUUUCUUUCUUACGGCUCUCUCGGCCUUUUCUGCAUUUUCAUCAAUCGUGUAUUUAUAACAUGUACUGUUUAUAGGAGAUUUGUAUAUGGAAAAUUUAUAAAUGUACUCUAACUAAUGACAGCUAUGAUAUUGUGAGCGAAAAACAGUAUGGUGUACUUUAAAAAGAGCAGCAUAUUUAACUCGUCAUCGACUGCACUGUUUUCAAGUUGCCCUCAAGUGAAAUGUGGUCAUUACGCGGCACUGCAUCGGACCCCUUCAGAGUCAAACAUUUCAUCACUUUGUUGCCUAAUUGAUACAUUUUCCUCUUGGUGAUAAUGCACUUACCUUUCGACUGUGACAUCAUCCAAAAAGAGGUUUCGAGGCCGUUUUAUGUAGCUAGCUGAGUUUUCCUCGGCGGGGAAAGCAAAGGAGGGGACACCGAUGUCAAAAGAAAAAGUGGGAUUUUAACUUGUUUUGGAUGGAAAGACAUCAGCCGAUAAUUUCUAAAUCUCUUUCAGAGCAUGCGUUGCACUAUCAUGUUUAACUGUCCAUAACAUCAGUGUCUCCUUCUUCCCUUUUCCUGCUCCAAUUCGACUGAUCAAACAUUUCAAAUUAUCUGUCAACUGCUUUGUUACACACCCGAUUAAAGGUCAUGUUUUUUUUUUUAACUUAUCAUUUUGUAAAAUUUGAGUUGAUAUUUUUUCAUGUCUAAAACAUUCCACUUGUUACUCUUUUGAUUUGGCUUUUUUUAUUUUCAUUUUUUUUUUUUUUUUUGUAGAAACUGUUUUUUGUUUUUUUUUUUGCCGUCUGCUCGCGCCAACUUUAACUCUUUGCAUGGUUUGUGAGUCAGCAUGCCUGCUUGUCUAUGUAACAAAAAUGUAUUUGCACAAUAGAAGAAGAACACUGGAGGACUUUAAAAAGAAAAAUAACAAACGUCCCCAAGGCAACUCCCAAGCAAGAGCACCAGGCAGGACGGGUUUUCUUCCUCUCUGGUGUGCAAACAAUUCAGAAAAACUUUGUCCACACGACUCCACUGAGAAACAUUUGAUAUUGUUCUUAUCCUUUCCAAUAAGUGAUUUUAACAUGAUUCAGCACUUACGACAUGUAUGGACUGUGUUAGUGAGAAACAUGCUCUGCCAAACCUCUGCUACAUCCACACUACAGUAAAAAGACUCUCCCAAAGAAUGUUCCUCUUUCAAAGAUCUUUGAAUUACGGUAGAGAAACGGUUUGGAAAAAAAAAGGGCAUCGCCGUUUGAUUGUCACACCCACCUCGGCCAGUUCUAUAUAUAUAACCACUGUGGCUCAAGAGCAAUUCUUGGUUUACAUGUAAAUGGAUUAUUUUUUGUUUGUUGUUUGUCUCUAUUGAUGAAAAACGUUAUCUUUCUUUGGGACCUACGCUUUGGACAUUUCAUCUCUGACAUCAUCUAUAAAAUAUAUUUCUGAAAAAUA